UAAUUCGCCUCUGUGGCCGGAAGGGGGAGCGCAAGCAGUUAUUGUUUAUGCUAUCGCCUCCUCCAUGAGGAAUACACACCGGCACCAAUGAGCAACUCUAUGGUUUCCUCCGCCGCCGAGCUGCAAAAACAACGGCGAGAGGUGUCGGUACGUCGGCGUGACGUCAUCACCGGCAUACGGAAGAAGAUCCUAAAGGGGCCGGCGGCCGAGAUGGGGAAGAAACAUAAGAAGCACAAGGGCGACAAGCACGGCUACGACGGGAAGGGGGAGGUGCGGGGUCCUGCUGCUGAGAGCCAAUAUGUGGAGAAACCCUUAAAACUAGUUCUCAAAGUUGGUACUGGAGAAGUAAAGGAGCUGUCCACAGCCCGUGCUGCUGCCCUCCCGCAGAGCUUCCAUGAUGACAAGUCCGACCACGAUAAGCACAAAGAUAAGAAGAAGAAGAAAAAGAAGAAAACUGAGAAAGUAGCCGCUCCUGGUGAGGAAAAAAAGAAGAAAAAGGAUGAUAAGAAAAAGAAGGAUAAAAGUCAGCAUGAGGGCGACCUGGAUAAAGACCGUAUUCUCCAUUCACCUCUUGGUGCAGAUAUACCAGCAGUAUCUGUUCCAGACUCUUCCUUAGCAAAGCCAGAAGAAGAGCAAACACCACUGCAAGAAGCACUGAAUCAGCUCGUGCGACAGCUGCAAAGGAAGGAUUCCAGUGCUUUCUUCGCAUUCCCUGUCACAGAUUUCAUCGCUCCCGGUUACUCUAUGAUUAUUAAAAACCCCAUGGACUUCAGCACAAUAAAGGAGAGGAUUAGAAAUAGAGAAUAUGAAUCAAUAGAAGAACUCAAGGAAAACUUCAAGCAGAUAUGCCACAAUGCAAUGAUUUACAACAAGCCUGGGACCAUUUAUUAUAAGGCGGCUAAAAAGCUGCUGAAUUCUGGAAUGAAAAUCCUCAGUCAGCAGUCUCCCAAUGGGUUGUGCUCAAUACAGGAGAGAAUCCAGAGCCUGAAGCAGAGCAUAGAGUUCAUGGCCGAUCUCCAGACCAGCGGGAAGGACAAGGAGAAGGGAGACACUCAGGGAAAUGUGGAGAGGACAGAAGAGCUGAAGGAGGAAUCCAUGGAUACCUGUGAUGUGACUGCUUUCAGAAGCCCUGCCAAAGAUCUCAAAAGGAAAGAGAGAGAGCAGCAGGAGGACAAGCAGAAAAUAAAUGAUGCAGCUGCAGAGAGAGAGCAGGAGCAGAUUGACCAAAUUAUCAGAGAAUCUUUUGGCAAGUUAUCCAAGCGAGGGGUCAGCAGCCAGUUGGAGUUUGAGAGAAGGAAGCCUGAUGGGACUACAACCCUUGCAAUGCUCAAUCCUGUUGACACCGCACUAGAUCCUGGACAUGGCACCACUAUACUUGGGUCCACAGCUGGCCGCCUGCAGUCAGGAGUUAAUUCGUUGCAAGGUUUCAAAGAAGAUAAGCGCAACAAAGUCACUCCAGUUUUAUACUUGAACUAUGGGCCAUUCACCACCUACGCUCCUUCAUAUGACUCUACAUUUGCGAACAUCAGCAAGGAUGACUCUGACCUCAUAUACACCACAUAUGGAGAGGACCCCAGUCUUCAGGGAACGUUCAGCAUACAGGAGUUCUUGGAGAACACAAAGUACCAACCUUAUGGCAUGGCGGACUGUAUUCUAGACGUUUUCAGUGAUGGAGCGUAUUCCAGAACAGAAAGAGGACAGAAUAUGGCAUCUUCAAGUCAAAGUUCAGCAACGCAACACAAUACCAGUACUAUUGACCAGUUGGCAAGUUUGAAGUCUGUGUUUGGCCUGGAAAUGUUUAACGAGACGUUUGAUUCUGAAGAGACAAAGAGGUUCCAGAAGAAACUGGAUGAAACGACUAAGCUGCUGCGGGAUCUGCAAGAGGUGCAGAAUGAACGUCUAAGUACAAAGCCGCCUCCGAACAUGGUGUGUCUACUAGCUCCUUCCACCAAAGAAGUGCAGAUUGCGGACAAAGUAAAUGAGAACCUGAAGGAAUUGGCUCAGCAGGUGCAGCCAGGGGAUGUUGUCAGCAUUCUUGGGAUUCGGAAGGCAAUGGGCAUUACCUCUCCUUACCUGGACACGGAGGACAUGGUGGUAGAUCUGACAGCAGCUACAGAAGAUAUCCAGGUGUUACCUGGUAAUGGAAGGGAGUGUCCGCCUGUGGUAAUAUAGAUAAAGGAGCAAAAUGGAUGGAACUUUGUAAAUGAAUAGACUUUUUUUUUUAAUUCUAAUAAAUUAGUGUUUUUUUAA